AUGGAAAUGCCAGAAGUUAAAUCGUUCAACGCGGAGUUAUCCGCGUUGUACGACAACAAGCCGCCUAUUUCAAAGGCGAAGAUGAGUGCUAUCACGAGAGGUGCUAUAAAGGCCAUAAAGUUCUAUAAACAUGUAGUGCACAGUGUUGAAAAGUUCAUUCAGAAAUGCAAGCCAGAGUAUAAAGUGCCUGGGCUUUACGUGAUAGAUUCAAUAGUGAGACAGUCCCGGCAUCAGUUCGGGCAGGAUAAGGAUGUGUUCGCGCCACGGUUUGCGAAGAACAUGCAACAAACCUUUGCAAACCUCUUCAGAUGUCCUCCUGAGGAUAAGCGGAAUAUUAUCAGAGUACUUAAUUUAUGGCAAAAGAACAAUGUGUUCAGUCCACAAGUUAUUCAACCUCUUCUUGACAUGGCUGAUCCUAAUCACCCGUUGCAUCAAGAGAUACAACAACAACAAAACAACACUGCUAAUGGGAGCAGUCUGAACAUAAGUCACAAUGCAACAGAUAACAAAAUAUCUCCUGUGCCACAACCACUUCAUACUCCACAGUCUUCCACACCCAUGGGAGAUCAGUUUCAGGACCAACCUUCGAGUCAGCCGGCGAAGUUCAACAGGAAGUUGUUGAAUGACUUCGAGUAUGAGAGCGAGGACGAGGCGGCGCCGGAGCCCGCGCCCCAGCACUCCUCGCACUCCACGCAUACCUCGCACUCGACACACGCCACGCAUUCUACUACCCAUGCGCAACAAAACCCCGCUGAUGCUUUGGGCAGUAUCCUAACAAAUCCUGAAAUCAUGAGGCAGCUGCAGAGUUUGCAGGCUCAAAUGCAGAUGAUGACUGGAAUGCAGAUACCUAAUCUGAUGCCUAUGAUGUCUGAUCUCCAAAUGCAACAAUCUCAAAAUCAAGGCCUGCCAUUUAUGGGAUCACAGUCAGAUUCCCAGAAACAGAAUGACCCGAAGGAUGAUAUGGUUGAGUCUGACAUUGAGUUCGUAGAGACUGGACCACAAGUCAUUGAAAUUCCUGACGCGAAUGAUUCUAGUCCAUCACCUAAAUCUCGGCGACAUCGUUCGAGGUCAAAGUCGCCGCGACGUCGUCGAAGGUCAUCGCGGUCGAGGUCCAGGUCACCCAGGAGAAGAAGGGACAGAGAUCGCGAUAGAGAAAGAGAUAAAGACAGAGACAGAGAUAAGGAAAAGAACUACAAAGAGAGGGAAGCAGAAAGAGAAAAGCAGAGGGAGCGAGAGAAGAAAGGACUUCCACCAAUCAAGAAAGAAAAUCUUAGUGUAUGCAGCACAACUCUAUGGGUAGGCCACCUAUCUAAACUGGCGACUCCUGAGGAACUGUCAGACCUCUUUGGUGCUAUCGGCGGAGUGGCCGCCAUCGACGUCGUCGCUCCGCGAGGAUGUGCCUUCGUUGUCAUGGAGAGACGAAGGGACGCUGCUAAAGCCAUCGCCAAGCUAAACAGGCAUAAACUGCAUUCUAAAGAGAUUACGGUGGCGUGGGCGCCGGGCAAGGGCGUGAAGGGUCGCGAGUGGAAGGACUACUGGGAGGCCGAGCUGGGCGUGUCGUACCUGCCGUGGGCCGCGUUGCAGGCGCGCUGGGCGCUCGGCGCGCUCUCGCUCGACGCGCUCGAGGACGGCGGCGCCGUCGACGAGGACACGCUGCCGCCCUGGCUGCCGCCCAGGAUCCUGCCCAAAACGAUGAUGGACAACAUGUCAAUGCUAGGCAUGCCUGGCGCGGGCCCGGGCCUGGCACUGGGCACGCUGGGCACCCUGCCGGGCAGCCUGCCCCCCGUCUCCAUGCCUCCAGUCAGCAUGCCCCCUACACUCAGUCUGCCCCCCAACUUACCUCCGGGAGCCAAUCCUGCUAUUAGUAUACCGCGAAUGCCUCCUCCAGGAAUGUCAGCAGGAAUACCACCUGGACUAGCCCCAGGUAUACCCCCAGGUAUCAGACCACCCACACUGCCCAACAUGCCCAGUGGAGUACCUGGGCUGCAGAGCGAGGCGGGGCUGGCGCCGGGCGCGCCGCUGCUUCGGUUCCCGCCCGGGGUGCCGCCGCAGUCACUCGCGCAGACCGGUAUGGUGGGUGGCUUCCUGAGCAGUUUGCUAGGUGUGGGCGGUCUACUCCCGGGCGUGCCACUACUACACCCCGCCAUACAUGAUACUACCACUGCACCACCCGCUCGUUCAGGCGAGGCGGCGGCCAGCGACGACGCGAUGGACCUGGACCCCGAGGACUCGCACGCCGACGACGCCGCCGACACCACCGACACCUCCGCGCCACCUCCUGCACUACUGCCUGACCAGAUACAAGCCCUGCUAUCGAAACCUCCUCCAAACUUCAACUCAGCAGAGCCUCCUCCAGGCUUCAACAUGUCGGAACCACCACCAUUCAACGUUAAUCAACCACCUCCUGAUGACAAGAUGGAGGACGACAGGAAGGAUAGGGAUAGGGACAGGAGAGGCGGGGACAGGGAUAGGGACAGAAGAGGAGAGAGGGAUCGGGAUCGGAGAGAAAGGGGGGAAAGGGGUGAUCGAAGAGAUAGAGGUGAUCGGGAUCGAGGACGGGAUAGAGAUCGUGAGGGACGAGACGACCGUCGGGACCGCGACAGGGACCGAGGUCGGGACAGGAGAGAUAGAGACAGGGAUAGAGAUCGCGAAAACCGGGGAGACAGAUUCUCUUCCAGAGAUAAUAAUAGAGAUCGUACGGGCAGUCGAGAAAAGUCACCAAGAGCGCCGGCAAACAACGAUAACCCAGAGAAGAGUCUACAAGAGAGACUGUGGGAGAUGGCCAAUGGGAAGCCGACGAGGGAGGACAAACGAGAGGACUUCGCAGAGCAGAGAGAGGACUCGCGGGACGAACAGAGGAACGACAGACUGCCACUCAUUGACAGACUGCCUGCCAGGCUUGAUGGACCUCCGCCUGCCAUGGAUGCUGCGGAGGGCGGCGAGGGAGGCUGGACGUCGCUGGGCGCGCGCCUGGCGCCGCCGCACCUGGCGCCACACUUCCGCGCCGAAUUGAGAAUGAGAGGACCGCCUAGGCCACCGAUGGCAGGUCCCUGGAUGGACGGCCCCGGCCCAGGUCCCUUCGGCCCCCGCUUCAACGGCAUGGGUCCCCCAUUCAACCGGCCGCCAUUCGACGGCCCGCGGCCUCCCUUCGACGGCGGCCCGCCCAUGUUCGAAGGCGGCCCGCGCUUCGAGAGGCCACCGUUCGGACGGAUGCCGUUUGAUGGAAUGAACCGACCUCCUUUCGACGGCCCACGACCGCCGUUUGACGGCCCGCGCCCACCGUUCGACGGCCCGCGCCCGCCUUUCGACGGAGCUCGUCCAUUCGACCCGCCCUUCGAAGGUGACCGACCACCGUUCGAUGGACCGCCGCGUUUCGACGGUCCCCCGGAGUUCUUCGACCGUCCCCGAGGACGCUUCGAUGAUCGCGACCAGUACGGCGACCGAGGAUGGAGCGGAGACAGAGACCGCGACCGAGAUUGGGGCGACAGACGACCUGACUGGGAUGACAGGCGCAGAGAUAGGAGGCCACCUAGGGACCACGAGGACAGAUAUAACAGGCCAGAUAGAGGAGACAGGAGGAGAAACUUUGACGACCAAGGUAGACCUAGUGACCAGCGUCGCGGUGAUGACAACCAGAAUAGAAGUAACGACUCGCGUCGUCCUGAUGAAACUCAACUAAACAAGCCUGCUGAUGCACGCCGUGGUGAUGACAGACGUGAGGAUAGCCAGAGUAAAUCCAGGCCAUCGCGGGAUGAACGAAGUGAUAAAAAUGAUAGGAAUAGUUCUAGACGAGACAGAGAUAGGAAGUCUAGAUGGGGCGCCGCCGAGGAAGCAGAAACUACAGGCAACGGGGAAAGUGAGAAGCCGCAGGAAACUGAGGCAACCAUCACACAGGCUGCCGGCGACGUCGCCGCCAGUGCCGAGCCCAGCGAGGCCACCGACACUACUAGUCAAGAUGAACAAACUGUACAAACUGAGGUCAGCGACAGCAUUCCUUCACACGAAACUGAAUCUGAGAAAGGCUUCCAGCCUCCUGAAGACAGCAUGGAUAGCAACGAAACUCCCGGCCUAACAGAGCGCUCUGUGGAACCCAGUCCUGGCGGGCUGGACGACAAGAUGGAGCGCUCGCCCCCGGAGCCCUCGCCUAUAGAACACUCGCUCCCAGAGCCUUCCCCGCAAGAGCACUCGCUCCCAGAGCCCUCGCCCCCAGAGCACUCGUUCCCAGAGCCCUCGCCCCAAGAGCACUCCCUCCCAGAGCGCUCGCCCCCGGAGAGUUCCAUCCCAGAGCGCUCUCCCCCAGAACCCUCGCCUCCGCCGGCGGAGGAGCGAGCGCAGGAACAGUGUGCUAACACUUUGUACGACGCAGAUGAUACUAUCGACAAACUUCUCAGCUCCCGCGGCCACAGAUUACGAGCGAGAACCAUCGCCACCUCCUAUCGCUGAAAGAGAUUUUGAAGAAUCUAGCAUGGAGGCCUCGAAACCUGUCGAUAUGUUUAGUCCUGAAUUGGAACAAAGUGAGAGUUCACAGGAGGCCGAAGUAUCGGAGCCACAGAGUGCCGAGAGUAAAGAAGGAGCCGCUUGACAGCGCCGACGAUGGAAGCUGA